AUGAGUCAAAACGAAUUUGAUGUGCAUUUAGAACAAGAGAUAGAACGUGCCAAGAAAGCCAUUGAGACGAAGAAGCAAAGGAGAACUCAGGAUAACAAGAUCUCGUAUGCUGACCAACAGCAGUUGAGAGAUCACAAUGGAUUCAAAUUAAAGCUAGUAGGUACUGAUGCGUCUAAGAAUAAACAAGUAGAUCCUGAUUACGAGGUCAUUAUCGAUGGGCCAUUGCGUAAGAUUAAGCCAUAUUUUUUUACUUACAAGACAUUUUGCAAAGAACGGUGGAGAGAUAUGAAACUUGUUGAUAUCUUUACCAGCGAGUUCCGUGACCGUGAACCUGAUUAUUAUAGAAGAACUAUUGCCAAAGGUGAGGUCCUUGUCAAUGGCCAAGUAGCUAAUUUGGAUACCAUUGUAAGAAAUGGUGAGCUGAUCACACAUAAAAUGCACCGUCAUGAACCCCCUGUGACAUCAAAACCAAUAGGGAUUGUUUUUGAGAACGAUGAUCUUUUGGUCAUCGAUAAACCAAGUAGUAUUCCAGUACAUCCAACCGGAAGGUUCAGAUUUAAUACAAUUACAAAGAUUAUCGAGAAGGAAAGGGGGAUUGUAGUACAUCCAUGUAAUAGAUUAGAUAAACCAACAAGUGGUCUAAUGUUUUUAGCAAAGACACCUCAUGGAGCAGACGAUCUGGGAGAUCAAUUAAAAUCCAGAGAAGUGAGUAAAGAGUACGUAGCAAGGGUAAUUGGAGAAUUUCCUUUGGAGGAAGUUGUUGUGGAGAAACCCGUGAGAUCUAUAGAUCCAAGGGUAGCAUUAAAUGCAGUUUGUGCUAUGGAAGAUAAGGAUGCCAAACUUGCAAAGACAGUGUUUAACCGGAUUAGUUAUGAUGGAAAAACAAGUAUUAUUAAAUGUAAACCAUUGACGGGUAGAACACACCAGAUUCGUGUUCAUUUACAAUACAUAGGAUACCCAAUUGCUAACGAUCCACUUUAUUCGAAUCUUAAUAUCUGGGGUCCACAGUUGGGUAAAGGUGGUGCCACAGAAUUUGAUGAAAUCGCAAAGAAAUUGGAUUUGAUUGGAAAGACAGAUACAGCAGAAAGUUGGUUUUAUCCUAAUGAUAACGGAGAAAAAUUAUUGAACAAACAAUGUGAAGUAUGUGAAGCAGAACUUUACACAGAACCAGGUCCAAAUGACUUGAAUCUUUGGUUGCAUGCUUAUCGUUAUGAAUCAACCACCAGGGAUCCUACCACAGGUAAAUUAAAAUGGAGUUAUAGAACCAAGUUCCCAGAUUGGGCUCUUGAACCCCAUCGCAAAUAUAUGGAGUUAGCAAUCAAAGAGGCAGACAAAUGUGGACCAACUACAACCGCGUUCAGUGUUGGUGCAGUUAUUGUUAAUGGUCCAAGUGUGCUAUCUACUGGUUAUUCUCGUGAAUUUCCAGGAAACACCCAUGCGGAACAGUGUGCUCUUGAAAAAUAUUUCGAAAGAACUGGUAAACGAACGGUUCCACCAGGAAGUAUUAUAUACACAACUAUGGAACCUUGCUCUUUGAGAUUAAGUGGUAAUGAUCCAUGUGUUCAACGAAUUUUGGCUCUAGAUGGUAAUAUUUCAACAGUUUUUGUUGGUGUCAUGGAACCUGAUACAUUUGUCAAGAAUAAUACAAGUUUAACUCUGUUGGAGUCCCAUGAUAUCGACUACAUUCAAAUACCAGGUUAUGAAGCUCAAUGUACUAUCGUCGCAUUCAAGGGUCACGAAGAAGACAUGGAACCUCUAACUGAUUCAAAAUAA